AGCGUACUGUACAGUACGAUAGAACUUGUACCGUACCACUCUCUGCCAUGCCCGCACUGGCGUUCACGACAAGAACAGGAUACGAUACGGCGUGAUAGAUUACGAUACGUACGAACACCAAACAAACACCGAUAGGGAACGAAUCUCUUGUGUUGCGAUACGAUACGAAACAGCAAGGGAUUUUGGGUUUGCGGAACGAAACGAAACGAAACGAAACGAAACGAAACGAAACGAAGCGAAACGAAGCGAUCAGCUAGCAUCCAGAACACCGGCGUCAAAAGAAGGGCGAGCGCAGCGGCACGAUGGCGUCGCAAGAUACGACCGCAACGGCCGCGGAAAUAGUGACGGGCAACCAGUAUCCCGAUUACGACGGCGAUUCCGGUGAGUGUUUGUGAACGCAAGAUCCAUUKGGAGACUUCGGUGUCCGAUCCUGUUUCGGAGGAGGUUUCGAAUCGCCUGUUUUUUGGUCUCUGCUUUGGCCGACGGUCUCGCAUCGUGCACAACCCAACCCCGUACCACUCACCAUCGCAACGCAAUGCACCGCCCUUGUUUGAUUUCUUGGGUGGGUCCGUCCGCCGCGCAACCCAACGCAACCCAACGCAACCCAACGCAACCCAACCCAACGCAAAACAACGCAGCCACCUUUGCGAGUUUCGUGCUGGAGCACACCAUCCGGCGGGUCGUCCGGGGCAGCGGGGACGGCUCGGAUUCCGAGGGCGAGGACGGCGACCAGCGGCUCUUCGAGCCCACGGGCGAGACGGGAGCCUCCGGCGAGGCGAUCCGCGUCGAGCGGGUCCCGUGCUACCCCCGCCUGCUGCAGAAAAUCGCCGACAGGGACUACCCGACCGACACGGCGACGACCUUUCUGGUCGAGGUCCCCCUCUCGGAGCUCGUCGCCUGGGACUCCGUCCGGGGGGGGGACCUCUGCGAGCGGGCGGCGGCGAACGGGCAGCGGUACCACUCGCUCUUCUGCACGGUCCUGGAYGGCAUCCUCAGGGACAGCUUUCGGCCGUCGGGGGGGGUGACCCGCAACCCACGCGGCCGCGGCUCGGUCCUGCUCAGGGACGCCAUGGACGUGCUGCAGGAGCAGCGCAUGGCCCUCCACCGGCAAGCCCAGCAGCAGCAGGACCAACAGCAGGAGGCCGGCGUGGAGGGGGACGCCGCCAAUGCGGGCGGCGGCGACGAGCGAAACGCCUUUCCCCCCCUGCUCAUGCGGCGGUACGAGCUCCGCAUACUGCCYCUCGGCCGCCGGGGGAGCCUCUUUCCCUUUGAGGACCAGUACCACCCCUCCAAGGCCGCGGCGGCGAUCCCGAGGGGGGUCUCCCUCCGGCACGUCCGGUCCAAGAGCAUGGGCCGGCUCGUCACUAUCACGGGGAUGAUCGUCAAGGCCUCGGACGUCCGGCCCAUGCUGCAGGUCGCGGCCUACACCUGCGACGUCUGCGGUUCCGAGCUCUACAAGGAGACCCACCGGCAGCGGGACUUUGUCCCGGAAAAGGUCUGCCCGGUCUGCGUCUCGGGGGGGACCAACCCCGGGGGCGGGGGCGGCCGCCGCGUCGUGGGCGUCCUCAAGCUGGAAACCCGAGGGAGCAAGUUCACCAAGUUCCAGGAGCUCAAGCUCCAGGAGCUCCCCAGCCAGGUCCCCAUGGGGCACAUCCCCCGGUCCCUCAGUGUCUACUGCCGCGGGGAGCUGACGCGGUUGGCGAGCCCGGGGGACGUCGUGACCCUCGACGGGAUCUUCCUGCCCCAGAAGGUCAACGACGGACACGGGGCCGCGGGCCGCAGGGCCGGCCUCAUGUCGACCCUCUACGUGGACGCCCAGAACCUCUCGGUCCACAAAAAGUCCUUCGACGACGCCGCCACGAAGCGAGCAGGAGAGGAGAAAGCCGGCGGGCUGGACGCCGACGUCCGCAGGGUCGCUUCGGCCGAGGAUCCCGUGGGGGUCCUGAGCCGUUCCAUCGCGCCGGAAAUCUUUGGCCACGCCGACAUCAAGCGGGCCCUGCUUUUGCAGCUCACCGGGGGGGUCUUUCGGAAGAUGGCCGACGGGAUGAAGAUCCGGGGGGACAUCAACAUCUGCCUCAUGGGGGACCCGGGGGUCGCCAAGUCGCAGCUCCUCAAGCACGUGGUGAGCGUCGCCCCCCGGGGUGUCUACACGACCGGAAAGGGGUCUUCCGGCGUCGGCCUCACGGCCUCCGUCACCAAGGACAACACGACGGGGGAACUCUCCCUGGAGGGGGGCGCGCUGGUGCUAGCGGACCGGGGCAUCUGCGCGAUCGACGAGUUCGACAAGAUGGACGAGGCUGACCGGUCCUCCAUCCACGAGGUCAUGGAGCAGCAGACCGUGUCGAUCGCCAAGGCGGGAAUCGUGAGUCCUGGUUUGCGACGCGCUUGCCGUGCCGUGCCGUGUGCGUUGGGUAUGCGUGUGGUGCGGGAACACAGUGCUCUGGAAUUCCGUGAACCGAUGUGAUGCGAUSCUAGGACGCCAUGAUUCGACAGCAACCCGCGAGCAAUCGGUGCUGCGUGCCUGCGUUGCAAGGGUUUGCAAUCAGUGAUGAUCACUGUCCAACUCACCGACUAAUUCGUUCGUUCGUCUUUCUUCUAUCUCUCCUGCUCGCAGGUUGCCACUCUAAACGCACGGGCGUCGGUUCUUGCUGCCGCGAACCCGCUAUACAGCCGCUACAAUCGGCACAAGUCUCUCUCCGAAAACAUCAAUCUGCCCAAUUCGUUGCUGAGCCGUUUCGAUCUGAUGUUUUUGAUUCUGGACACACCGGACAUGGACCGCGACAUGGCACUGGCCCGCCACGUCACGUUUGUGCACCAAAACGAGGGCCUGGAGGCGCAACCGGAGGACCUCGACUCGGACGACGACGACGAUUCCGGCAGGGCCGCAGAAGAAAACUCGGAUUUCAACGAGGAGAAGGGGAUCGUCUCCCCCCGGCUUCUUCGGGAGUACAUUUCUCGAGCUCGCCGCCACGAUCCAGUGGUUCCUCCCGAAGUCGCACCCUACAUCGUGGAAGCGUACGUGUCUCUCCGAAUGCAGGAUCGUCCCGGMAAAAGUAACAACGGGAACAAAGUCGGGGAUCAGACCGUCAUGACCGCUCGACAGCUCCUUUCUAUACUGCGACUCGGCCAAGCUCUGGCUCGUCUGCGCUUCAGUGAUUAUGUAGCCAGGGAGGACGUAGACGAAGCCAUCCGAUUGACACACAUGAGCAAGGCUAGCCUGUCCGAGGAGACAGGCGAAGACGGAAAGAUAGUUCGACGGGAAGACGUCAUGUCACGAAUAUUUAACAUCAUCAGAGACUAUUCUGCGACGUCGAACAGUACCACGGUCGAAAUGAAGCUCGCCGAAGCCAUGGUUAUUAGAAAGGGUUUCACAGUUCAACAGAUGCAAUCCUGUUUGGAAGAGUACGAAGCAUUGGAGAUUAUCCAAAUCAAUCAAAAUCGUACCCAAAUACAUUUUAUCUCUUAAUACUGGGUGCCUGAUCCUGGACGCUUCAUUGAACCCAUAAUUUACAUCUGACU